AUGAUUGAGGACUUGAAGCCAUCUCAAAUGUCGACUUCCAAGAGCACUGAUUUCCCAUUGACGCAGGUUGGGAGCUUGUCUGGCGAGAUUGAGGAAUUGCCAGGAUCCGGUGUGAAGAAGAGCUUGUUGUGGAAGCUUGACUUGAUCAUCUUGCCUGUGCUUGCCAUGAUCUACUUCACCAACAGUCUCGACCGAGCCAAUCUGGGAAACGCAAAGACCGAUGGCAUCGAAAAGGACCUUCACUUUGGGGCGAAUCAGUACUCAUUGGUCUUAACGUUGUUCUACAUUCCUUAUGGUCUCCUGAAUAUCCCUACCACGAUUCUGGCGAAGCGCUUCAGCCCGGCCAACGUUAUUCCGAUUCUCAUGUUUGGUUGGGGUGCUGUGUCUCUUGGGGCUGCCGCAGCGAAGAACUUUGGUGGUAUUGCCACAACAAGAAUUCUGCUGGGAGUCGCGGAGGCUGGAUUUUUCCCGUCAGCCAUUUACUACCUGUCGAUGUUCUAUACUCGGCAUGAAAUUGCGAAAAGAAUUUCGUUAUUUUACAUGAUGGGCUUUGUGGCAAAUGCUUUUUCCGGAUUGAUUGCCUAUAGUGUCUUUCAAUGGCAUAAAAAGCUUCACAAUUGGCAAUAUCUUUUCAUCAUCGAGGGGAGCCUCACGGUUUUUCUGUCCCUCGUAGCAUUCACAAUCCUGCCUCGAAGUUUGACUGCCUCGAGGUAUUUUAGCCAGGAAGAGAAGGACUAUGGCAGACUGCGGCUGCAGAGGGAGUUUGAGAUUGAGCCAAUCAAGUUUUCAUGGUCCGCAGCGCUGAAACCACUGUUGAACUGGCACACGUGGAUGUUUGGGGCCAUGUCGCUGUGCUACGGAGUCGCGGCGGCCACUCUGUCCAAUUUCUUGCCUACCCUCAUCAAGCGAUUGAAGCCAGACACAGUCCAAGCCAAUCUCUUCACGAUCGCGCCCAACCUCAAUGGAGCGGUGUGGAUCGUGGUCGUCUGCUGGAUUUCUGACCGGUUUCAAGCUCGGGGGAUCUGGUCAGUCGUUACCAUGGGGACAUCUAUGAUCGGCUUCAUCUGCCUGGGUUCGGUCGAUCUUGUCCACAAGACCGGAGUGGGAUACUUUUUCACGUUCCUGUUGACAUUUGGUACAUUCACACCGGCCGUGUUGGUUCCUGCCUGGGCGACCAGCAACAUAACUUCCAAUUCAGCGCGUGCCACCACUCUUGGCCUGCUCGUGGGGCUCCAGAACAUUGCAGGAAUCAUCUCGUCGUAUGCGUUUCGAAGCCAGGAUGCGCCGGUCUAUCGACCCGCACUGAUCGUCUCAGGCUGUUUUCAGGGCGGCAUGCUCCUGACCGCGUCGUUUGCCUGGUUUUACUACCGACGCGUCAACCGGCAGCUGGACAGUGGGAAGAGGACGUCGGUUCGGGGCAUGGAGCAGAAUCCAGACUUUCGAUACGUGCUCUAG